GCCACCAUUAUCGCCGCUGCUGCUCGGAGAAGGAAAGGAGGAGACUGCAGAAGAAGAAAAUUGUCCCCGCCCUGCUGCUACGGGUGACCGCCGCCUCUCGCCCACUGCACAGUGCCAUCGACUCAGCCGCUAACCACCAUUACCGCCGGCCGCCGCUGUUGUUCCCCAAACCCGUCGGAGUACCCAUUCCCCGACCCACCAUCGCUCUAUCUCCCCAUUGCGCUGACCCUUCGAUCGUGGCCAUCAAUCAACUACGGGAAGAAGUAAAAGAACCCAGAAAAAAUCAUCAAUCAUCUCCACCUUGUAAUCACUCAUCAUCCUAAUUUUCCCAUAUAAAAACCAGAGAAAAGAAAAUUAGAAAGAAAACUUGGGCUUAAUCCAAUUGACAGAAGAGCAAUUCCUUAAUCAAAGAGAAUCCCAAGGCCCAAACCCAAUCCUUCGAUCAUGAUCGUGAAAAAUUGCAUGGUUGUUCCCAAGCACGAUCCGCCGCGAUAAGCGAGACGAAGACUCGAGCAACAUAGGAUUUUUUUUUCUCCGGUGAGGUGGCCGACACCGACAACUGAGUGGAUGUAUGUGGUGAUUUUUUUUUGAUUGUUUUAGAGUUUAAGAUCGAAAGAAAAGAAUAUAAAUUAAGGGUAUUAAAGUAAAUUUAAUAUAAUUAGGGCGACGAAUAAGAAUUUUUAAGGCGACGAAUAGCAAUCCCCAAUUUUUAAUAUCACAGGACCUUUGGUAAGCCCCAAAACAAUACUUAACAAACACCACACAUUAAACUUAAAUUAGUUAAGUAAGAUGACAAACGAAAACACCCUCCAUGAUUAACAACAGCUAGUAGGCUGAUUAGAUCAUCCGAUUCCGAGGAUUCCCUGUCCUUGCCCCUUGGUCAUUCAUUCAUCGCUCUCAGCGUUCAUCAUCUUUCCACUCACACCCAAUUCGCCAAACACCUGCCUGCACCUACUAUCGAUUUCUGCAGAUUAAACAAUUCAUGUGGCGACCAGACGCCGAAUUGUCAAUUCGCAUUUCGUAGGCCAUCCCUAGAACUGUACACAAAAGACUUUCUUCUUCUGCCUUCGCUUCCGUGUGCAUCUCUCUCUCUCUCCUUGGGCUAUAUAACUCGAAAUUCAGCAACAUUCAGAUAACUCAGCCCAGUCACCAAAAAAAAUCUUCCUAAAUAUCGAUUUGCUCUCAAGAUUGAUAAUUUUCCCGUUUCUGAUUCUGGGUUCGAUUUUCGAGAGCUUGCUUUCUGGGGUUUUGUAUGUGUUUAUAGCUUUUGAUUGGGUAGCUUGUUUCUCUUAUUCGGAAUAGGUCAAAAUCUGUUGCGUGUAGCGAAUCAAUUAUCUGGUUUUGGAUAAUUUCUUUUUGGGGUAUUCAUCUUAUUCGUUAUAGAAGGCGUGUUCUAGGUUCCAACAAUCGUGCUUGCCUGCAAUUGUUUUCAUAUAUCUUGCAGGUUUGCCUCUAUUUCAAUACCAUUUCGUCAUUUCCCAGUUGAAAUUCACUGCUAAACCCUAUAAAGUUUCAGAAUUUUAAAGCUGAUUUUGGUGAGUUUUCUCUUGUUUCGUCUGAAAGGCUGAGCCUUUGUCAAAAUUCAGGUGUUUCCAAUCCGUAGUAUAAGAGAUAAGAAAGAUGACGAUUGGGAACAAUACAGCUCCCAAGAAAGAAAGGAAAUCUAGUAAAAAGGGGAAGCAAGUUGAUGAGAAUGCUCCCUUGCUUCCUAAAACGCAUGGUGAGGAUGGUGGUUUUGAUGAGUUCAAUGGAGCUUCUUUCCCAGGGGCUGUGUUCAAUUUGUCAACUACCAUUGUUGGUGCCGGGAUCAUGGCAUUGCCCGCCACCAUGAAGGUGCUGGGGCUUGUACUUGGGGUUGCCAUGAUCAUCUUUAUGGCAUUCUUGACAGAGGCGUCAAUUGAAUUGUUGCUUAGGUUUAGCCGGGUAUCCAAGAGUUCAUCUUAUGGUGGACUUAUGGGGGAUGCCUUUGGGAAAGUUGGGAAAAAUUUGUUACAAGUUGCUGUCAUGAUCAACAACAUAGGUGUACUCAUUGUAUACAUGAUAAUCAUCGGUGAUGUGCUGUCUGGAACAACUGCUGAUGGGAUUCAUCACCCGGGUGUUCUUGAAGGGUGGUUUGGAGUACAUUUGUGGAAUGGACGCACUGCUGUUCUACUUAUCACUACAUUGGGCAUAUUUUCUCCCUUGGCCUGUCUGAAACGACUUGACUCUUUAAGCUAUACAUCAGCACUCUCAGUUGCGCUUGCAGUAUUAUUCAUUGUCAUCACCAUGGGGAUUACAAUUGUAAAGUUGAUAAAUGGAAGCAUAAUGAUGCCCAGAUUGCUCCCUGAUGUCACAAAUAUGGCUUCAUUCUGGAACCUUUUCACAGUUGUUCCUGUUCUUGUCACUGCAUACAUUUGCCACUACAACGUUCACAGCAUAGACAAUGAGCUUGAGGAUUCGACUCAGAUAAAGCCCGUGGUGCGAACAUCACUCGCCCUAUGUUCAUCCGUAUACGUUAUGACGAGCAUUUUUGGCUUCCUUCUAUUCGGUGAUUCGACGAUGGACGAUGUGCUGGCCAACUUCAACACUGACCUCGGCAUUCCUUAUAGCUCAUUUUUGAAUGAUGCUGUUCGUGUCAGUUAUGCCGCUCAUUUGAUGCUUGUGUUUCCAAUUGUCUUCCAUCCGCUAAGGCUCAACUUGGAUGGCCUCCUGUUCCCCUCUUCGAGGCCUUUGAACCAGGAUAAUGUCCGCUUUGCAUCUCUCACCAUUGCUCUCAUCUCGGUCAUCUUCUUGGGUGCAAAUUUCAUCCCGAGCAUCUGGGACGCUUUCCAGUUCACUGGAGCUACAGCUGCUGUUUGCCUUGGGUUCAUUUUCCCAGCUUCCAUUACUCUCAGGGACCGGCAUUAUAUAGCAACGUCAAAGGACAAGAUGCUGUGUGUGUUCAUGAUUGUUCUAGCAGUGUUGUCAAAUGGAGUGGCAAUAUACAGUGAUGCAUAUGCGCUGAUUAAGAAGAACUCGUCUCCUAUUGCUUGAGAUUAAAAAAAAAAAAAAAACUUGGAAUCCUGUGUGUUGUUAAAUUAAGAAUGUGCCAAGAA